CUUCCUUAGACAAACCACAGCUUGAAUCCUUAAGUCAUUCCCCAUUGCAUAUCGCCCUCCACAAGGUCAAGGCUAUAAUAUCUACCCUGAGUGUCAUUGGAACUUUUAUCAUCCAUCCAUUACCACAUGAGAAUCUGUGUUUCACAACCUCAACGCAAGCAACGAGACGACCGCGCGCGGCGGCACGCGCCCAUCUCAUCGCUCACCAGCGGCUCUUCGAAGAGGCAGAACUACUCCAAAGAGAACUCAUAACAGAAAAAACAUCACUCAUACCUAGUCGCCUUCUUGAAAUCUCUACAAGCCAUCCAAAAAAAGAAAGAAAUCACAAUGGCUGCGCGCGACGCACCCAAACCUACAAUCGACCGCCAGUCGACGACACCCUUCCAUCUGAAGCUCUUUUACCGCCAGAAUGCCUUCCACCACCUGUCCGACUUUCCCAUUACCUCCCCGCCUCCCCUCCCGCCACACCUUCAGAUCUACACCUGGCAGUCAUGCACGCUGCGAGAGCUCUCGCAGCUCCUCACAUCCGCAAUUCCCAGUCUCCUGCCCGACCCCGCCGUUGGCACGCGGUUAAGCUUCCGCUUGAUCUAUCCCGACACGCGCGGCGCCGCGACUAUGGGAGGAGAUGUGCGAGGGAGGUUCCUGAGUAAAGAUAUCGGCAGCGUGGUUGUGGCGCCACGGGGAGACAGCGAGGAAGACGCAGCAAAUGGACACCGGCCAUCGGCUGCGGGGAUUAAGCUGGAAGGCGACGAUGCCGAUAAGACGUUGCAGGAGAUCCGCUUCGUGAUCGGAGAUUAUAUUGACUGCGCGAUCCUGCCCCCGUUAGAGGACGGUUCGGUCGCGCCGCCUCUGACGGGCAGAGGUGCCGCGCCUAGUUCAGCGUUGGGAGGAGGGAUGAGGGCGUUUGGACCCCCACGGGAGAAUGGCUACGGUCGUCCUAGAGGAGGUGGUCGUGGGGGGUUUUCUGAUCGAGGUAAUGGACCUGGAGUGCCCAGUGGGGAUUGGAGGAGAGGGGAGAGAGUGCCGGAAGGCUCUGGUGGACGAUAUGGAGGGAGGAGAAGCAGUCGGCAGUAUUAAGCGUUGGGUAAUCGGCAAACCGGAAUGAAUUAAAGCAAUCAUUCGGGAUAUUGAUGUCGUUUUACGGUUCGAGUCAAGGGUCUCUGUCUUCAGAGCACGUCCUUGCCCGCGGCCGUCACCAAUCUACUUAUUCCUCUCUUCGACGGGACCGAAAUAUCCUCCGGCACGUGAACGUCAAAAGGGCAAGGCCGGAGAGAUGGGGUUGCAAAGAGUUAGCUGGUCCCUGCUGAAACAGCGUGGACUGGGAUCUGUCUUUC